ACGCAAACCCGAAUUUUUUUUACGCUGAGUUUGUUUACAAAAUGAUAGACAAUUUCAUGUAUCAGCAUUUACUUUAAUUAACAAUCGUUAUACAGCUACAUAUUAAGAAUAGAUUCAUGACAAGACGCAUGCAGUGCGAAACUAAAAUUAACGCUGAAACGGAUAACUGUCUAGAAGAGGAAGACACGUACUGGAAAGUGUUUCCGCGGCAAAAGUUGGCAUUUGAAUGUGUCACUGCCACUAGGAAAAACACACAGAGGAAACAAAGGCUUCAUGUUUUUGCAUUCGAGUAUGGUAGCUUGUGCAGCGGAUCCCGGAAAUUCCUCGUCACAUCGCUCAGCCGGUUCUGGAAGUUCUAUUGGGAUUUGCGUUCAACUGAGAGACAUUACUAUGAAGUUAUCCCAGAGGGAGCCAAGUCCCGUCUAUAUUUUGACUUGGAAUUCAGCUUCGUCCACAAUCCAGAUAAACAGGGUCCUGCAAUGGUAGAUAUUUUCAUUAAGUAUGUCUGCAAGCAUUUGUUGGAAGCAUAUGGUCUCCACUGUGAUCGAACCUUAGUUCUGGACCUUGACGCUACAACUGUGAAAAAGUUCAGUCGCCACUUGAUAUUCCAUCUUCCUUGCCAAGCAGUAUUUAAGGAUAACAUUCACACAGGAAAUUUUAUUCGUCGGAUAUGCGAUGCUCUUAGACUGGAAAUCAGUUUUUACGAAAAUACACUGCUUCUGUCUCCGAAGUGCACACGUCACUCCGUGCGUUGUACAUGUUCGGUAAAAUGUGAUGCUUCUACAGUGUGUGUAAGCAGGUUUCCCAUGGCAAAGGAAAAUCGCGUAGAACAUGAGAGUCCACCUCAGGAACCCAUGUUACACUCCACUCCGAAGUAUAGCAGUAGUAGUACUUGUAUACAACCUGGACAUGAGGGUAUAUCCUCAAAACCAACUACGGAAAACACGUGCUCUUGCAAGAAGAAUUGUGUUUGCAAUCAGAAGAAUUUUAGUUCUAAACAUCACAGAAGUCUUGUGCGCAAUUCUGCUUCAAUGUCUACGUGUUUGCAGCAGAAAGAUGCCGACGAUGAUAUUGCUUCUAUGAGCACGUCUGGUGCGCCUGUGGAUCAUGACUGUCUUUGCAAGGCACGCGAAACUGCUGUCUUGAUUCCCAUGGUCAACUCUAGUUUUAAUCAAAGUGAAGAUCUUUUCAGUCCGCAGCAAGUGAACUCGACAGUACGUGAUAUGAAGACUGUGACAGGCACUCCGACCAAUAAAACCUCACUAGAGCAACAUCAGUGUACACGUGUUAACACAUCCGAAAUUACUACUCCUGUCCGUGAUAGCACUGGCGACGAAAGUCGAAAAACCUUGUUCGAACAUGAUCGAGCAUGUGAUAAUGGACCGUGUGAAAAGGUCAAUACAGAAAAUUUGUGCACACAGUGUGAACUUGUGCCAUUGCAAAAUGGAAACGAACAAGGUGACAUCUGUCAGGGCUGCCUACAACAACUACUGGUCAUGGACAAGAAUGGUAAACGUGUACUAUUUUGUGACGAAGGCGUUUACACACGGAACAGAAAUUUUCGGCUGUACUUAUCAAGCAAGCUGAAGCAGAACAACCCUCUUGUGCUGUCUCCCGAUAAUCAGUUUGCAGCUGGUGAUGUGAGGCAAGGAAAGGGGAAACAACAAAUGGAAGAACUGACCUUUCUCCAGUCUCUCGUAACCAAUGUAGAGUGCACUGCAGAGACCCGCAUUCUUAACUGUGACAGAGAGCAGUCCCAGAAACGGUACGGGAAUGAAGCCUAUCCUGCACAGGCUAGAGACGCGGUGGAGGGUUAUGAGCACUCGCCGUUUACGGAAGUCGACUGCUUCGUUGAGAAACUGAUCGCAAGGAACGGCAGACGCGGGCACGUGCGACGCUGGGUCUACUUCGCUCGCACCGAACUGCUGAGCUACGACAUUGCCGGAAACAGAUACUGCGAGAACAUAAAGAGGCAGCACAGGAGCAACAACGUCAGGAUUGUUGUUGAUCUGAAAAAUGGAGUUUACUACCAGAAAUGUUAUGAUCCUGAAUGCCAAAGGCAGAAUUUCAAGUCACGAGAGUGGAGCCUGCCUAUUGAAGUGAUCCCCAUGUUUCUGCUGGAACAGGACUCUGGCUUUUCUAUGGACAAAUUUGGUCAUCUCAAAGUAACAGAUUUAGAGAGAGACGGCCCAACAGUUGGUGACCAGAACUCGGAACCUGAACACCCAGGUCUUAAAGAUCAGGAUGAAAGUCUCAAUAACAAGCCUUCAGAUCUCAGGAACACAGUUAUAGUUCCUGAUAACCAUGCUGCAGAUCUUAAGAACACAGUGAUAGUUCAUAAGAACCAUUCUACAGAUCUCAAGAAUACGUGUGUAGUUCCUGAUAAUCAAGAUGUGGUUGUCAAGGGUGCAGAUCUGCUACAGACUAUCGAGCGAAUGAAACUUGUUUCUGAUUGAGCUUGAUGACAAUGACAACUGAAGAAUAGUCACAUAACAAUAUUGAAGCCAGAAGGUUCACACAGUUGAAGGUACAGAGGUUACAGAAGUUACAUUUAUCAACAAGCACCAGACUCAGCUGCUCAAGGGAUUUUUGGACGUGAGGUUGGUAGUGUGACUGUGUGUGAACGUAUGUAUUUUUUCAGAGCCAAAAAAGUUUGAAUGAGUUCUGGCUUAGAGCGGUUAUAAGAUAAGGUUACGGAUGUAGGAUUUUACAAUGGAGGGGGCUGAAAUCAUAGAUGUACACUUGGUUGCAAUGAUUAUGCAAGUGCUUUAGGUGUAAAUAUUUGCAUAUCAUGAUUGACAAACAGUUGUUAUGGAUUGUAUUUAAUUAUCACACAGGAUUAUAAAGUCCAUAUUAAAAAGACAGAAGAAAGCGUAAUUUGUUAUUUAGUAUAGCCACCUUAUUAAUUUCAGUGUUUCUACAUACUUCUUAUUGCUCUCUGUAAUAAUCUCUCUUAGAUUAUCGUUUGGACCGCAAUACCGAAAAAUCUUAUCAUAAUAUAAACGUAUCUAUUACAGUAUUAGCAAAAACACAUAGUACAAGCAUGAGAGAUAAAUCGAUGUACAUUCAAUGAAUGUCAAACAUCUGUUUUCAAACCA